AUGCCACAACUAGAUGCAAUUUACAUCUUCUGUAGCAACAAAUCCCGACAUCAAGAAUGGACUAAAAAUUGGACAAAAAUCAAAGGUAUUCAUACAAACAUCAAAGAAAUCUGUAAAGCAUUGCAAUUAGGUGUUAAGCAAUGCGAUCAAGACUCAAUUGCCGUAAGUUUUGUCCCGGUAAAUGAAAUGGCUUCAACUGAUAAUUUAAAUCAGCUGGAACCAACUUUUAUGUAUACGCAAAUAUUCAAGGAAAUUCUCCUUGAUAUCAAAUAUGAUCACAAGGCAGUCAAGGACUUAGCAGCUUGUUGCCACGAAGUUUUUGUUGGCAAUCUAAUUGAAUUACAAAUUAUUAAUGAAUUCAAACAUGAUUAUCGUUCAGAAAGAGCAAUAUGGUGGUACACACGUGAAUGUUUCACUUACAAAAUGCUCAAUGAAGCACUUCGAACUCUAGAUGCUGAUAUAAUCAUUAGAAUGGGCUUCUUUCUACGUGAUUUACAUCAGCAAAUUCAACGGCUGUACGAACAACAGAUUAGUACUUAUCAUAAAAAAUCUUUUGUAGUUUAUCGAGGACAAGGUCUUAUGAAAUCAGACUUUGAAAAACUUCGGAAAACAAAAGGUGGCCUAAUAUCAUUUAACAAUUUCUUGUCCACCAGUACAGAUAAAGAAGUGUCCCUCGAUUUUACUCGCACUGCUUCAACAGAGCCAAAUAAGGUGGGCGUUCUUUUUAUAAUGUCCAUUGAUCCUUGUAUAAAAUCAGCACCAUUUGCUUCCAUCAAGAAUGUAAGUUAUAUUAAUCAAGAAGAGGAAAUUCUCUUCUCAAUGCAUACCAUCUUUCGAGUUAGUGCUAUUAAACAAAUGGACAAUAGUAAUCAAUUUUAUGAAGUCGAAUUACAAUUAACGUCGGAUGAUGAUCCACAACUAAGAUUACUUACUGAUCGGAUACGAAAAGAAGCUGGUAGUAGUACUGGAUGGCAAAGAUUAGGUAAAUUAUUGCUAAAAAUUGGUCAAUUUAAUCAAGCUGAAGAACUUUUCAAUGUAUUACUUAAACAGACAUCUGAUGAAAGUGAAAAAGCAAUUUAUUAUGAUUGUUUAGGAUAUACUCAUACGAAUCAAGGUGCUUAUGAAAAAGCUAUUAGGGAUUACGAAAAAGGACUUGCAAUUAAACAAAAAACUCUUUCUUCAACCAAUCCUGAUUUGGCUACCUCAUUCAGUAAUAUCGGUAUGGUGUAUAGCAAGAUGGGAGAGUACUCGAAAGCACUCUCAUUUUACGAAAAGGCACUCGAAAUCAACCAAAAAACUCUUCCAUCAAAUCAUCCCUCAUUCGCUACUUCAUACAAUAACUUUGGCGGUGUAUAUGACAACAUGGGAGAGUACGAAAAAGCACUUUCAUUUUAUAAAAAAGCUCUUGAAAUUCGACAAAAAGCUCUUCUUUCAAAUCAUCCUUCAUUGGCUAUCUCAUACAACAACAUCGGUAGUAUAUAUACUCGAAUGGGAGAGUAUUCGAAAGCACUUUCAUAUUACGAAAAAGCACUCGAACUUCGACUAAGAACUCUCCCUUCAAAUCAUCCUGAUCUGGCUACUUCAUACAGUAACAUCAGUGAAGUAUAUAACAACAUGGGGGAGUACUCGAAAGCACUUUCAUUUCAUGGAAAAGCUCUUGAAAUUCGACAAAAAACACUUUCUCCAAAUCAUCCUGAUUGCGCGCAGUCAUGCAACAACAUCGCUAAGGUGUAUUACAAUAUGAAAGACUAUUCGAAAGCACUUUCAUAUUAUGAACGUGCUCUGAACAUAUUCCAACGUGUAUCACCUCCGAAUCAUUCUCAUAUAAAAAGUGUGAAAGAGAGUAUUGAAAUUGUAAAAAAGAAAUUAUAA